AUGGAAGAGAUUGUUUCUUUGAUCUUUCAUGGGGGGAAGUUAGUUAAAGAGCUUGAAGAGAGCCUACCCAACAUAGCAAACCAACCCCAUGUUCUUAUUAGUUCAUGCGAUGAGAUAAGUAGGGUUUUUGGCAACGCGAGGGAACGGUUGACGUUGGCGGUGCAGGACUACGGCACCCACCACGAGUCGCUACCACAAAUGGAGGUUGGUGGUGGAUCAGUGCCGGAAUGGCUAAGGAGUUCGCAUGCAAUGGAUAUGGGGCUACAUGAACAACUAGCUCACCAUCAACACCAUGGUUUCGAUGCCAUUGCUGGCCAAGAGUUGGGUGGUGGAAAUGUCGAGGCUGUAGCGACCGAUGUAGCUCAGUCUUCAUUGCAUCGACCCCGAAGAAGAAAACAUGAAGCAGAUAGACGAACGUUUAGAGUGCCUGCUCCUAGAAUGGGGAACACUGAAGUUCCACCGGAAGACGGUUACACUUGGAGAAAAUAUGGUCAAAAAGAAAUUCUCGGGUCAAAAUUUCCAAGGGGAUAUUUCAGAUGCACCCAUCAAAAAUUAUACAACUGUCCGGCUAAAAAACAAGUUCAAAGACUCGACAACGAUCCCUACACUUUCGAAGUAACAUAUCGGGGAGAACAUACGUGUAUCAUGUCCUCCACCGCUCCUUCCAUGCCACCACCACCAUCGUUACCGGAGGCUAUGACAUCUUAUCCUACAUCACAUAAUAUACCACUUACGACUUCACAACCCGUCACACAAUGGUUAUCCAUUGACGUCAAACAACCAUUUGGAGAACUUUAUAGUACUAUUGCUCAUCAUAACAUGCAAAUGUACAAAAGUCAAUCGGAUAAUAUUGGUGGUGGUGGGACAGGUCCAUCGUCUCCUGCUAGAUAUACUGAUUAUCCAGGAGUAACAGACUUGAUUGAUACAAUGUUUAAUUCUGGUAGUAGCAGCAACAAUAGCAUGGAACUCAUAUUUUCUUCCGAAGAAAAAAAGGACGAUAGAGAAAAAACAAAUUAA